AUGGAGGGAGACAGCGUAGAUUUAGAAACCAUGGCAGCUUUUGAAGCUUUUUCUUGUGCCCACAUCGGUGUGAGGACAGUAAACAGCCUGAUCCCCCAUGUGUGCACCAUUCAGAAAAAGACAGACACACAGGACUGUUCGCAGGACCUGGCGGGCGUGGCACACAGGCCUGCCUUGCGCCCUGAGCUGAAGUCGCCCUUGCAGAAGCCGACUUCCAUGGCCGACAUCUUAGAUCAUGCUCAUCCUUUUCUGGGAGACGUUCCGGUCCGCGGCCGACCCUCCGGCGUGCACAGCGCAGCCGUGGCGCCUCGGAGGGAAACACCUGAUUCGCCCGCGGACGCCGUUCGUGCCGACGCCGAGCUGCUGGGGGCCUUUCGAAUCCAAUCAGGUUUCCUCCUCCUGUUCCGCGCGUGGCGUCUGCGGCAGCACGUGGCCCGCGGUCACACGUUGCUACGGAAACCCCUGCUUCAUAGCCAUCGCCUGGCCCGGGAGAAGGCGGCUGAGCGGCCCCAGGACCCCCAGGUGCAGGAGACACAGGGCAGCGCCACUGGAGAAGGCGGGAUGUGGGUCCCAACAGCUGUGUGUGUCCUGUACACCCAGCACCAGACGCUGGGCCGACGUCUGGCCCAGAAUCUGGAAACGCUGGCUGAACACUGGACUGGCUUCCUGGGCCCGUGGGAGCCUGGCGAGAUCGAGGGUCUCAGGGCGCCCUGGGCCACGCGCCUGCACAGCGAUCUCAUGGCGGUCAACAACUCCUUCGUCUCAGUCCUGCCGGGCAUCCUGCAGAAGCACUGCUGCAUCUCGCCGGACAGGAACACAGAGUCGCAGUGCACGCUGUGCGGGGAGCCGGAAGAGGAAGAAGGCGGGGACCUGGUCCAGCCGGGCAUCAGCUUCCCGGGGCCGGUGGAAGAGGACCUAGACCAGCAGUAUUCGUGGCCGCCCGCUCCGCACUUCAAUGAGGAAAGAUACUCCCCUGCCCCCAGGAACAUGAAAGGGCUGUCCGGGAGCCGGAACCCGCCCCCCCUGUGCUCGGGCCACACCUGCGGCCUGGCGCCCCCCGAGGACUGCGAGCACCUGCACCGCGGGCCGGGUGUGCGGCAGCCCUACCUGCUCAGCCCCGCGGACGGCUGCCCGCUGGACCGCCGCCGCUGCUCGCCCCGCAGCUCCGUGCACUCCGAGUGCGCGGUGCUGCCUCUGGUGCUGGCCGACCACGUGUCCAGCAGCACCUUCCCCAGGAUGCACUGCAGCUCCCACUACGACGCCAGGGACGACUGCGCUGUGGCCCACGCCAGCGCAAAGGCCAACCGCAUCCCCGCCAACCUCCUGGACCAGUUUGAGAAGCAGCUGCCGCUGCACAGGGACGGCUUCCACACGCUGCAGUACCAGAGGACUUCCUCCGCCAACGAGCCGCGCGGCGAGAGCCCCGGGCGCAUCCGGCACCUCGUGCACUCAGUGCAGAAGCUCUUCACCAAGUCCCACUCCCUGGAGGGCUCCUCCAAGGGCAACAUCAACGGGGCGAGGGGCGACGGCCGGGGCGAGGACCACCACGGCCACCACCCCAAGCACAGCAAGCGGAGUAAAAGCAAGGACCGGAAGCCUGAGAGCAAGCACAGGUCGGGCCUGAGCAGCUGGUGGAGCUCCGACGACAACCUGGACAGCGACAGCACCUGCCGGGCCUCCAGCGUGGUCAACAGGCACCUGGCGGACCACGCCCCCCACUGCUACCCGGAGCCGCUGCCGGGGCCCUUCGGGGACCUGUCCCUGAAGACGUCCAAAAGCAACAACGACGUCAAGUGCUCCGCCUGCGAGGGCCUGGCCAUGACGCCAGACGCCAAGUACAUGAAGCGCAGCUCCUGGUCCACGCUGACUGUGAGCCAGGCCAAGGAGGCCUACCGCAAGAGCUCCCUGAACCUGGACAAGCCCCCGGCGCCCCCGGAGAUCAGGCCGCCCCUGCGGCCGUGCCACUACCUCCAGGUGCCGCAGGACGCGUGGGCAGGGUGCCCGGUCGGGGGCAAGGACGAGAUCCCCUGCCGGAGGAUGCGGAGCGGCAGCUACAUCAAAGCCAUGGGCGACGAGGACAGCGGGGAGUCCGACUCCAGCCCCAAAACGUCCCCGACGGCGGCCCUGCGGCCGGAGCCCCUGCUCACGUCGCUGGCAGGCCUGCGCACCCAGAGCUACCUGCCCGCUGCCAGUGAUGGGCCUGCCGGCCACAGCCUAGACCUCGCUGCCAACUACAGCUCCCCGAAGUUCCGCUCCCGGAACCAGAGCUACAUGAGGGCGGUCAGCACGCUGAGCCAGGCCAGCUGUGUGAGCCAGAUGAGCGAGGCGGAGGUCAACGGGCAGUUCGAGUCGGUGUGCGAGUCCGUCUUCGGAGAAGUCGAAUCGCAGGCCAUGGACGCCCUGGACCUACCCGGGUGCUUCCGGACACGGAGCCACAGCUACCUCCGGGCCAUUCAGGCCGGCUACGCCCAGGACGACGAGUGCGUCCCCGCGCUGAGGCCCUGCGCCGUCCCCUCCACCGUCCGACCCCCUGCAGCUGUCUCGUACACAAACUACAAGAAAACACCGCCGCCUGUGCCCCCUCGGACCACCUCCAAGCCCCUGAUCUCGGUGACGGCCCAGAGCAGCACGGAGUCCACGCAGGACGCCUACCAGGACAGCCGCGCCCAGAGGGCGUCCCCGUGGGCCCAGGACGGCCGGGGCCUGUACAACUCCACGGACAGCCUGGACAGCACCAAGGCCAUGAGCCUGGCCCUGGAGGCGGCCGCCGCCCAGCGCCUCGCCGGCGACAAGGCCGAGGACUUCCUCCGGGGCCGGUGCUCCUCCGUCGGGAUCCAGGACUCUGAGUUCCCAGAGCGUCCGCCCUACCCAAGGUCAGAUGUGGAAACCGCGACGGAUUCCGACACGGAGAGCCGCGGCCUGCGGGAGUACCACUCCGUCGGCGUGCAGGUGGAGGACGAGAAGCGGCGCGGGCGGUUCAAACGCUCCAACAGCGUGACGGCGGCUGUGCAGGCGGACCUGGAGCUGGAGGGCUUCCCGGGACACGUCCCCACGGAGGACAAGGGCCUGCAGUUCGGGUCGUCCUUCCAGCGACACUCAGAGCCCAGCACCCCCACGCAGUACGGCGCGGUGCGGACAGUGCGCACCCAGGGCCUCUUCAGCUACCGGGAGGACUACCGGGCGCCCGCGGACACAGCCACCCUGCCCGCGCCCGAGCCCUGGUUGGAGCCGGCCGUGGACGUGGGGGACGGCGGGAGGGUGUCUCCCUGCCGCAGGGACGGCUCCUGGUUCCUGAAGCUCCUGCACACGGAGACGCAGAGGAUGGAGGGCUGGUGCAAGGAGAUGGAGCGGGAGGCCGAGGACAACGACCUCGCCGAGGAAAUUCUUGGUAAAAUCCGGAGCGCGGUGGGGAGCGCCCAGCUUUUGAUGUCACAGAAGUUCCAGCAGUUUUACUGGUUGUGCCAACAGAACAUGGACCCCAGCGCCAUGCCCAGACCCACGUCCCAGGACCUGGCCGGCUACUGGGACAUGCUGCAGCUCUCGGUGGAGGACGUCAGCAUGAAGUUUGACGAGCUGCACCAGCUGAAGCUCAACGACUGGAAGGUGGCAGAGUCCCCGGACAGGAAGGAGGAACGGAAGGUCCCCCCGCCGAUACCAAAGAAGCCCCCCAAAGGGAAAUUCCCGAUCACAAGAGAGAAGUCCUUGGACCUGCCUGACAGGCAGCGGCAAGAGGCCCGCAGACGCCUGCUGGCCGCCAAGCGGGCUGCGUCCUUCCGCCAGAACUCGGCCGGCGAGCACGCAGACAGCAUCGAGAUCUACAUCCCCGAGGCCCAGACGAGGCUCUAG